AUGAUAAUAAAGUGUAUAGCUAAGGGUUUCAUAUUAAAUAAGUAUACAUACCUACGGAAUCCCUGGAACUGGCUGGAUUUCGUCGUCAUCACCUCAGGUUACGCCACCAUCGGCAUGGAGGUGGGAAACCUGGCUGGUCUAAGGACCUUUAGAGUGCUAAGAGCAUUGAAGACUGUUUCUAUAAUGCCAGGUCUAAAAACCAUCAUCAACGCACUGCUCCACUCGUUCAAGCAGCUCGCGGAAGUAAUGACGUUGACCAUCUUCUGUUUGAUGGUGUUUGCGCUGUUCGCACUGCAGGUCUACAUGGGGGAACUUAGGAAUAAAUGCGUGAAGAACCUCGUCAUUCCACCGGGGGAGAACUUCACGGAUGAAGCGUGGUCAGCGUGGAUUCAAGAGCCAUCAAACUGGAUGGUGAAUGCGGACGAGGUGCCUAUAAUCUGUGGCAACCUGACAGGGGCCCGGCAUUGCCCCCCGGAGUGGACCUGUCUCUGUGUGGGCCCCAACCCGAACCAUGGGUACACGAACUUCGACAACUUCCUAUGGUCCAUGCUCACCACAUUCCAACUUAUCACCCUCGAUUAUUGGGAGAAUGUAUAUAAUAUGGUACUGUCAUCGUGCGGCCCGAUGUCAGUGUCAUUCUUCACAGUUGUAGUAUUCUUCGGAUCGUUCUACCUCAUCAACCUGAUGCUUGCCGUCGUGGCCCUCAGCUAUGAAGAGGAGUCGCAGAUCACGCAGGAGGAAAGGAAGAAAGAUCUGAAUGAGCAUCGCGACGAUUCCACCUUCAGCUUCGAUCCCACGUCGCUGGCGGUGCGGACCCUCGCCAAGGACUCGAGAAAGCGCAUAGACGCGCGAAAAGGCCUGUUAUUGGCCUCCUACUCACGGAAAAGAACAAGAAGACGUAAAAGGGGACGAAGCGCCAUACAUCAUGCUGCUGCGGUCGCUGCUGUUGCAGAUGACGCGAGCAAGCGGUCCCGGUCGCGGUCGCGCUCUCGGUCCGUGACCCCGAGCGCAUCACCCCCGCCGCUCCCCGCGCCGCAGCAACCACCCCCGCCCCACACUCUGCACCCAGACAAUGCAUUAGGUGCCCUAAGUGCAGCGGGUCGUCAGUUAAGUGACCACAGUAAUAAUAGGGAGUCGUCCCUUGAUGACUCGGGUGUGGUGGAUGACCACGACGAUGGAGAGCAUACGUCUGACGACCAAGCACCACAUCCGCACCCUAGGAGACAUCUACUGAUACCUCAACUACCACCACCGCCAAACCACCCCCCGACACCGAUGCCAAUGCCCAUGCAGACCCCGAUGCAGAUGCCAAUGCCGAUGCAAACCCCAAUGCAGAUGCCAAUGCCAAUGCCGAUGCCCACACCGAUGCCAACACCAAUAAUGCCCAUGCCCAUGCCUAUGCCUCAAAUUCAACAGGUUUCUCAAGACAGCAAAACACAAGAAACAAAACACAAACAUACAACGAAAAUUGAAAAGCCAGCUCUGAAAGCAAAAAAGCCGACUAAAAGCAUACAGGACAAGUAUCCGCUAAACCCGGACUACCUCAACCAGAUCGUCGUGCUAGGGGCGGACUGGCCAUACAAGCGCGCGCCCGACCUCCCGCAAGCGGAGACGACGAAAAUUAAUGAGCUCAGUUUAUUGGCAGCCACGCACAAAACUCAUAUGGGCAAUUACGAGCAAAAUUGCACUUACUUCACAGAUGAGCUCGUGGAUAGAAACUGUGAAUGUUGCGUGUCUUGCUGUAUAGACUAUGAAGGCUGGCUCCAGUUCCAGAAUUGUUUGUAUGGGAUUGUGAAGGAUCCCUUGUUUGAGUUGUUCAUAACAACGUGUAUUGUUCUUAAUACACUCUUCCUUGCGCUGGAGCAUCAUGGUAUGAGUGAGAACGUUAGAUCGGCCUUAGAUAUAGGAAAUAAGGUGUUCACGUCGAUAUUUACAUUGGAAUGUAUAAUGAAAGUGAUGGCAAUGAGUAAAGACUUCUUUGCGUGUGGAUGGAAUAUAUUCGACUUGAUUAUUGUGUCAGCAAGCCUUCUAGAUCUUAUAUUCGAACUCGUCGAUGGCCUAUCUGUGUUACGAGGUCUUCGUUUGUUGCGAGUGUUAAAAUUAGCUCAAUCAUGGACUACAAUGAAAGUGUUAUUGAGUAUUAUAAUAUCGACAAUCGGUGCUCUUGGUAAUUUGACGUUUGUGUUAGUGAUAGUUAUAUACAUAUUUGCUGUGAUCGGUAUGCAGCUAUUCUCCAAGUCCUACACUCCGGAUAAGUUCGACCCGGAUCCAGUACCCAGGUGGAACUUCAACGACUUCUUCCACUCGUUCAUGAUGAUAUUCCGGAUACUUUGCGGCGAGUGGAUCGAGCCUCUGUGGGACUGUAUGCGAGCGGAGCAGGAGACUGGGGCAGAGAGUUGCUUCUUCAUAUUCUUGCCCGCGCUCGUAAUGGGCAACUUUAUGGUGCUCAACCUCUUCCUUGCCUUGCUGCUCAACAGCUUCAAUAGUGAGGAACUUAAGAAUAAGAAGGAGGAAGUUGGUGAAGAUUCAAAAUUAGCUAAAAGUUUUGAUAGAAUACGUUCUAUAGUAAGAAAAAAAGGUUUCCUUAUAUCGAGAAGUAAAGAGACUGACAAAAAAUCUAAAUUAGAAGAGCUAGUAAACGAAUUUAUGACACAACAACGCGCUAUAAAGGAGAAGAAGGCGUCGAUACCGAGUGAGCAGAGAUACUCAGCAUCCAUACAGGAGACUAUCCUGUUCCCACACGACAAUAUUUAUAGUCAUAGUUAUCAAGAAGCAUUAAAUAGACCUAUAUCAGUGGGUUCCGACUUCGCGUACCCACAUCUUUACCAAGCUACCAACAACUUUAACCACGGCAGUCAAGAAACUUUAAAAGACGUGCGUGACUUGGCGGCCGAACAUAAAAUCACUAGCAUUAGGGAAGACUCCAAGGAAAAUCUUGAAGACACAUCGCCCACAGAGCAAGUUGCUGUUCAAAGGUUAUUGAACCAAGUGUCUUCUGGCUAUCACACUCAGCCAUCUGAUUCAAGAGAUGAGAACGAACAUUAUGAAAUGGCCCAAUUGUCGAGUAGGACAACGCCAGAAAAACCGAAGUGGCAACCCAGGGAACUACCACCAUCGAACAACUUAAGUAAGGAACCAGUCAAAGGAAGCAAUGAAGAAGACAUGAAGCGUCCGUGGCAAACUUUAGUCUCAUAUGUAGAUGAAUUAACCGUAGGUGGGAGAAAAAACUCACAGGGUCAAUAUAUUGAUGCGAUGGGAAACUUCCCCGGAUUUGGGAAACAGAAAGAGCCGAAAGUACCCGAAAAUUGUUUCCCUCGCCAAUGUUACGAUGCGAGUACUUGUUGGGAUGCAUGUAUUGAAACCAACUUGGGUCAACGUUGGAUGUUUCUCCGGACCUAUAUCCUGCGGUAUGUAGACACUCCAGCCUUCGAGUGGUUCGUAUUGGUGCUCAUCUUUGCAUCAAGCAUCACGCUCUGCUUCGAAGACAUUCACCUCGAAAAAAACAAGCCGUUGAAGAAAAUUCUAUACUGGACUAACUUGGGGUUCUGUAUGAUCUUCAUCAUCGAGAUGUUUCUCAAAUGGAUUGCGUUGGGGUUCUUCAGAUAUUUCACCAGUUUCUGGACUCUAUUAGAUUUUACUAUAGUAUUUGUUUCAGUAUUCAGUUUGUUGAUAGAAGAAAAUGAAAACUUAAAAGUUUUAAGAUCGUUAAGAACUUUACGUGCGUUGAGGCCAUUGCGAGCAAUAUCACGAUGGCAGGGAAUGCGAAUCGUGGUGAACGCGUUAAUGUAUGCGAUACCCAGUAUCUUCAACGUGUUGUUGGUGUGUUUAGUGUUCUGGUUAAUAUUUUCUAUCAUGGGUGUUCAGUUUUUUGGUGGAAAAUUUUACAAGUGUGUUGACGAUGAAGGGGAAUUACUACCGUUAGAGAUAGUGAACGAUAAAUGGGAGUGUUAUUACAAUAAUUUUACUUGGGUCAAUUCGAAAAUAUCAUUCGACCACGUGGGCAUAGCCUACUUGGCGUUAUUUCAAGUGGCCACGUUUGAAGGUUGGAUGGAAGUAAUGGCCGAUGCUGUCGACGCACGAGGAGUCGACUUGCAGCCGGCGAGAGAAGCUAACAUCUAUGCAUAUAUUUAUUUUGUCAUAUUCAUCGUAUGCGGUUCAUUCUUCACCCUUAACCUGUUCAUAGGAGUAAUUAUAGAUAACUUUAAUAUGCUCAAGAAGAAGUACGAAGGCGGAGUUUUAGAAAUGUUCCUUACCGAGAGUCAAAAGCAUUACUAUACAGCAAUGAAGAAACUUGGUAGAAAAAAGCCCCAGAAAGUAAUAAAAAGGCCAAGGAAUCAGUUCUUAGCUAUGUUCUACGAUCUCUCGAAUUCUAGAAGAUUUGAGAUCGCAAUUUUCGUUUUAAUAUUCCUAAAUAUGCUCACUAUGGGCAUAGAACAUUAUGAUCAACCGCAUUCCGUUUUCUUUAUAUUAGAAGUUAGUAAUGCGUUUUUCACAACUGUGUUUGGUUUAGAAGCGAUAGUAAAAAUAGUAGGUCUUCGGUAUCAUUACUUCACGGUACCAUGGAACGUGUUCGACUUCCUGCUGGUGUUAGCGUCGAUCCUGGGCAUCUUGAUGGAGGACAUCAUGAUCGACCUUCCGAUCUCGCCAACCUUGCUACGAGUCGUCCGGGUGUUCAGGAUAGGGAGAAUUUUAAGACUGAUUAAAGCCGCUAAGGGCAUUAGAAAACUACUGUUCGCGCUAGUAGUGUCGCUGCCCGCGCUAUUCAACAUCGGCGCGUUACUAGCUCUCAUCACCUUCAUCUACGCUAUCAUCGGUAUGUCCGUGUUUGGGCACGUCAAGGAGCAAGGAGCGCUCAACGACAUCGUCAACUUUCAAACUUUCGGAAGAAGCAUGCAGUUGCUUUUUCGUUUAAUGACGUCAGCCGGCUGGAAUGAUGUAUUGGAAUCGCUCAUGAUCCAGCCGCCUGAAUGCGAGUUAGGCGAACAUCCCGGACAAAAUGGGAAUUGUGGAAGCCCUCUCCUGGCCAUCACGUACUUCACUUCGUUCAUCAUCAUCAGUUACAUGAUCGUCAUCAACAUGUACAUAGCCAUCAUCCUGGAGAAUUUCAAUCAGGCACAUCAAGAGGAAGAGAUUGGAAUCGUUGAAGAUGAUCUGGAAAUGUUCUAUAUUCGGUGGUCAAAAUACGAUCCACACGCUACUCAAUUCAUAAGCUUCGCUCAACUAUCAGACUUUAUAGCUUCCUUAGACCCUCCGCUAGGCAUUUCCAAACCCAAUACAGUGGCUUUAGUCAGUUUUAAUCUGCCAAUAGCCAAAGGCAAUAAGAUUCACUGUUUAGAUAUACUUCAUGCCCUUGUUAAACAUGUGUUGGGGCAUGUUGAAGAGACUGAUACAUUCAGACAGCUUCAAGAACAGAUGGAUAUCAAGUUCAAGAAGCAAUUCCCCACGAGGAAAGAGCUGGAAAUCGUUUCCUCGACGAGAAUAUGGAAGAGAGAGGACAAGGCAGCCCGAACUAUCCAACGGGGGUGGAGAGAUUACGUAAAGCGAAAAAAUCGCAGUCCCUCACAAGAAGAAGAGAGCACUAAGUGGUCACCUGGCGGAGGCUGGGGCGGGCGGCUGAGUGCUUUGCUACACGUGCGUCGUGGCUCGCACGCGUCUAGCCGCAAGUCGUCGCGAGCGUCCGACGCGUCCGACAUCAGCGAGCUGGGGGGUGCCUGGCUCAACCUGCCACUACUGCUGCUGCCGGGGGCCGCGCCCGGGGAGCAAGUUCCCUUCGGCUGAGCUCGCGGCGAAGCUCCAUGCGUCGCGUGACACCGCCGGCGCGCGCGCGCACUCCUUCGCCGCACGCCAACAGCGAGGUCAGCAUCCUCGUGACGGAGGCCUCCCCUGACGCAGCCCCAGUGGCCACGUCCGCGCCCCCCGCGCCCCUUACCCCGACAGCGCCUCCCGCACCACCGCCCACACUGGUGCGUGUGCUGGUGCACAGAGAGUCGGACGAGCGCCCCAGCUGAUCUCCGACUCCCGAGCUCGCGCCCCGAGCUCUUCCACCGGACGUUCCCGCAUCGAACGACCCCGAUUGACUUUCCAUCCGGAAGUGUUCCGGAGAAAAUUGUGAUUUUUAAAUUUAAUUAGCCCCGUUCGCGGAUGUCAUUAUGGUGGAUACGUUGAGAUAGAUGACCUCGUUUCCUCAAACGUAGUAAACGUUAGACACGAGAGAUGUAAUUUUGUUAUUUACGGGUAGAAUUUGAAAUGCGCCCAUUUAUCUCAACAAUUAAUAAUAAUUAAUAGAUAGUUAAUACAGUAAUAACCUGAAACUUCCAGAGUCGUUACAAUAAGGUUUUCAUUAGUAUCUCGUCGAAUUCAAUAAAGCUUUACGAUACUGAACUGCGCUCGGAUGCGCCACGCAAGUUGCAUUACACGCCGAUAGGUAACAUUCGUUUUUAGACGCUUUAAUAGAGUAAUGUUGCUGAAUCCGAUUUCUCUGGAUCGUAGAAAGCUAGGAUUUAUUAACAGAUUCAUAUUAAUUACCUUAUUCAAUUAUAGACGUAGAGAACCAAAAAUGUGCCUAGAGAAAUACGUAUAAUCACAAUAAUAAUACAUAGAAAUUUGAAGUCUAUGACAAAAAUAAAUUGAAAAUCAAUUUAAGCAUAGUAUGUUAUUAAGGUUUACUAAUUGAAAUACUUACUUCAAACAAUUUUGUGAUAUUUUUUAAAUCAUUAAACUACGUAUUAAUCAAAUUAUCUUAACUUUAAGAGAUGUAGAGAUCGAUUUUACUAUAGAUGUUGCCUUAUCCACCUUCUACGAACCAGAGUUCGGUAAGACAGCAGUUUGUUUUACUAUAUGAUUUAAGUAGUUCGCUAUUUGAGACCAAGUGUGUCAAGAUUAUAAUGUGUUACUGUAAAUAGUGUAGUAUAUGAGGAGAAUGACUGAUGUCACCGUGUCAAUAGAAUUAUAAAGAUGCCUAUUAAACCAGGCUGUACAAUUAAUAAGCAUGACAUGAAAGAUAUAAAUCGAUUCCAUUAGUUUUUCACAGUUUUUGUUACCUAUUAAUAUAAUUGCACCUUGCAAAAUACAAUUAUGUGGCCCUAAAAUACACCCCUGAGGAACACCGUUACAAGAUCGCAUUUUAUCAUUACUAUCGCCGCUUUACGAGAUAAAGAAUUUAGAUUCUACCAUGAUUAUCUGUAAUGUGUGCCUAGAA